AUGGACACGCUCGCCUUCGAGGACAUCGCGCCCGCCGUGGACACGUUCUGCCCGCCCGCGCCGCCCGACGACGCCAACCUCGAGGCCGCCUCCGAGCAGCUCGGCGACCUGGGCCUCGACGACGAGCCCGCGCCCGCCUGGGCCUGCAAGUACUGCGGCAUCCGCGACCCGAGCGCCGUCGUGCGCUGCGUCGAGAGCGACAAGUGGUUCUGCAACAGCACGGGCGGCACGUCCGGGUCGCACAUCGUCCAGCAUUUGGUGCGCGCGAAGCACAACCAGGUCUGCCUCCACAAGGACUCGCCGCUGGGGGAGACGGUGCUGGAGUGCUACAACUGCGGCUGCCGCAACGUCUUCCUGAUCGGGUUCGUGCCCGCGAAGACGGAGAGCGUCGUCGUGCUGCUGUGCCGCGUGUGCGUCGAGACGGUGCCCGCCUUAAAGUCCAUGGACUGGGACCUCGACGAAUGGCUGCCGCUGAUCGCCGACCGGCGGUUCCUGCCGUGGCUCGUGCGGGAGCCCGAGGAGGACGCGCAGCGGCGCGCGCGCGCGCCGUCGGCGGCGCGGAUCCGCGCGAUCGAGGAACUCUGGGCGCGCGCGCCCGACGCGGACUUUGGGGACCUCGACGCGCCGGGCGCGCUGCCCGAGGACGACGCGCAGCCCGUCCUGCUGACGUACCAGGACGGCUACCACUACCAGAAUGUGCUCGCGCCGCUCGUCAAACUCGAGGCGGACCACGACCGCCGCGUGCGCGAGGCCCAGGCGCGCGAGGACGUGUCCGUGCGCUGGGACCGGGGCCUCUCGAAGCGCCACAUCGCCAUCUUUUCGUUGGCGCGGGGCAACUCCUACGCGUCCUACGAGUCCAACGAGCUCCGUUUGGCCGUCGGCGACGAGCUCAAGAUCCGCCUCAACUCCGGCGGCGCGCGCCAGCACGGCAAGCCCUGGGAGGCGUCGGGCCACGUCCUGCGCCUCGCCGACGGCGAGAUCGCGCUGGAGCUGCGGACGUCCAAUGCCCCCACGGAGGUCACGGAGUGCGGCUUCGUCGUCGAUUUCGUGUGGAAGGGCACGUCCUACGACCGCAUGCAGAACGCGUUGAAGAAUUUGGCCGUCGACGACACGUCGCUGAGCGGCUACCUCUACCACCGGCUCCUGGGCCACGACGUCGAGCCCCAGGUGUUGAAGGGCGGCGCGGCGGCGUCGAGCAGCCGCCGCGCGGGCGUUCCCGGCCUGCCGGACCUGAACCACUCCCAGGCCGCGGCCGUGCGCUCCGUCGUGACGCAGCCGCUGUCGCUGAUCCAGGGGCCGCCGGGCACGGGCAAGACCGUGACGUCCGCGGCGAUCGUCUGGCACUUGGCGAAGCAGGGCAUGGGGCAGGUCCUCGUGACGGCGCCGUCGAACAUCGCCGUGGACCAGCUCACGGAGAAGAUCCACGCGACGGGCCUCAAGGUCGUGCGUUUGUGCGCCAAGUCCCGCGAGGCCAUCUCGACGUCCGUCGACCAUUUGACGCUGCACACGAUGCUGCGCGACAUCGACACGCCGGAGAUCGCGGAGCUGCGGAAGCUCAUGCGGCUCAAGGAGGACCAGGGCGAGCUCGCGCCGGCGGACGAGAAGCAGUUCCGCAAGCUGCGGGCGAACACGGAGCGCGUGCUGUUGAAGGCCGCGGACGUCAUCUGCACGACGUGCGCCUGCGCCGGAGACCCGCGGCUCGGCGGCUCGCGGUUCCGCCAGGUGCUCAUCGACGAGGCGACGCAGGCGACGGAGCCCGAGAGUCUCAUCCCCAUCGUCCUCGGCGCGAAGCAGCUCGUGCUCGUCGGCGACCACCAGCAGCUCGGGCCCGUGAUCAUGUGCAAGGGCGCGGCCAAGGCCGGCCUCACGCAGUCGCUCUACGAGCGCUUGGUCGCCCUGGGCAUCCGGCCCAUCCGGCUCCAGGUCCAGUACCGGAGCCACCCCUGCCUCUCCGAGUUCCCCAGCGCCAUGUUCUACGAGGGCACGCUCCAGAACGGCGUCUCCGAGGGCGAGCGGGACCUCGAGGGCGAACCCCGCUUCCCCUGGCCGAACCCGGAGGCGCCCAUGAUGUUCUACGUCUGCGCGGGCGCCGAGGAGAUGUCCGCGUCCGGCACGUCGUUCCUGAACCGGUCCGAGGCCGCGUCGAUCGAGCGGCUCGUGACGCACUACCUCAAGCUGGGCCUCGACCCGGACCAGAUCGGCGUCAUCACGCCCUACGAGGGGCAAAGAGCGUACGUCGUGCACCACAUGGCGUCCGCCGGCGCGCUGCGCGCCGACGUCUACGAGCGCGUGGAGGUCGCGUCCGUCGACUCGUUCCAGGGCCGCGAGAAGGACGUGAUCAUCCUGAGCUGCGUGCGGUCCAACGAGCACCAGGGCAUCGGCUUCCUCAACGACCCGCGGCGGUUGAACGUGGCGCUGACGCGGGCCAAGUACGGGUUGGUGAUUUUAGGGGCCGCGCGCGUCUUGGCGCAGGACGCGCUCUGGCACGAGCUCCUGACGCACUUCAAGAAGCUCGGCUGCGUCGCCGAGGGGCCCCUGGGCAACCUGAAGGUUUCUUCGCUCGCCCUGCCCAAGCCCCGGCGCGGCGGCGCGGGCGCGGAGCACCGGCUCCGGCGCACGGCGCUCGCGGGCCGCGGCGGCGCCGAGGGCCACUUUGCGCGCGCCGCGCGCGACCACGACCGGUCCCACUGGGACGGGCGCCUCGACCCGGACUACGACCGGAGCCGCGUGCGCCGCCGCGACGUCGACGCCCACGGCCACCCCCUCGACUACGGCGGGCCCCGCGGCGGCCACCACGACGGCUACUACGGCGCCGCGCCGCCGUCGGACUACGCCGCGCCGUCCUUUGGGAGCCAGAGCCAGGGCGCCCACGACUACGGGCUCACCCAGUCCCAGUCCAUGCACCCGGGCAGCCAGAGCCAGUACGGCUCCCAGUCCCAGUACGCGUCCCAGGCCUACGGCACGCAGCCCGGCUACUCGCAGAACUACUCGCAGUCGCAGGGCGGCCCGGGCUACUCGCAGAACUACUCGCAGUCCCAGGGCUACUCGCAGCAGGACGAGAACUACCUGCCGCCCUACUAG